UCCGAACUGCCUGCUGCCUUAUUGAGAAUCAAUAUUUAUUCAUGUAGUAGAUGAAUUUGUCCGGGAGCGCACACAUAGUCCAUCACUGCAUGUAGAGGCUCCUGUAUAGGCUUUGUUUGAAAACGUACAACAAGGAGGACAAAUGCAGCCAAGUGAAAGCAGCAAUGCUUCAAAAUCAUUAUAUCUAUCUAAUCUAUCUAAUUAAAAUGUCUGAUAGUUUUCGGUUUCGCUGGGCGCUCCCUCCCACUUUGAGCACUUCUCUCUUCAACAGGCGCGCACUGCGCUUUUACGCACGACUCCAGUGACACUGUGGCGGAGUGCAGAGCGACUUGCAGACCGUCAAAGUAUGAGCGUUUUGCUGCCACUGCUGCAAGAAGAUGAUCCUGCUGUAUGGACUGAUUUUUAUUCUCUUGGGAAAACCAGGUCGGUGCCUGGAGGAGGAUGGAGAUUUUAUUUUUGAUGGAGAUGUCCGCCACUUCGCCGUGUCCACCAACACCGUUUACAUCGCCACUGACGAGAAGCUGUACCAGCUGAACCACGACCUGACUCUGGUCCAGAGUCUGACCCAGAGAGGAACCUUGAAGGGAGAUAAAUGGGCGGAUGAUCAGCACUUUUACCGGGUUUCCGAGAGGGAUGAGUGGAACGCAACUUUUAGUGUCAACGUAUUAUUGCCGUUUGAUGACAAUGGCACUCUGAUCACCUGCGGUGUGACCGACAACGGAUGCGGCUACUGCGAGCUGCUGGACCUGUCAGACAUCUCUAAGGUGCUGUACAGUGAAUACAUCCUUGUGGGAUCCGUGAAGCGCAGCAGCGCGUCCGUCACAUUCCUGGUAGAUGUGGAUGUGGAGAGAUCAAGUCCUGAGACUUAUAUUCUGUCCGCCUUACAGCAAUACAAAUCCACAACGACCAGCUGCUCCCUUCGUUCAGAGGCAGUGUAUCUUCAUAAUACAAAUAACAAGCAGGCAGGAGGCAUAUUUUCCUUUAUUGCCGACUCCUCUACCCCUCUGUUCAGAACUAAAAGUUUCACUGAGUUUGUGGACGGAUUUCAGAUCAGUUCAAUCAUCUAUCUUUUCUCCAACGUGCCUCAAGACGCAGAAGGCAGCAAAGUUCGUCUCAUUUGGCUCGAAGGUAAAACGAACAAGGUCCAGACGGUGAAGUCACUGCGGGGUGCGUCUCUCCAAAUCUCUGAUAGUGGAGAUAAAGACAGCAGACUUCUGGCCUCCUCGGUGGUCCCGGGCGGGCUACCGGUGCUCUGGAGCGGCGUGUUCAGUGUGGACGGAGGACAAACCAACACCGAGCUGGUCAUGUUUGACAUCAGUCCGGAUCUCACCCUGAGAACCGAUCAGGAUCCAGAUUUCUGCUUCGCUAAUUGUGACAACAGAAACGUUAAGCCAAAGACCCUGAAGCCAAAGAAGGUGCUCCUCAGACAGAACUACAUGACCUCUGUGCUGGCAGUGAGACACAAGAGCUGGAUGGUUUUCUUCGUUGGGACGGGAGAUGGGCAACUCAUUAAGAUGAAGCGUGUACCUGUGUCAAAGUGCAGCACAUACAAAACUCUGCAGGAAUGUUGGUCUGCACAGGAUCCACACUGUGUCUGGUGUGGCUCUAACAGUUGCACAUUUGAAGAUGAAUGCCCAGAUUCAGACUGGUUAUCCAUUCCUGAUGAUUACCAGCAGAAAAUGGUUUCCUACAAUGUUGUAAAGGACGGCACUGAGCAGAUCACACUAAACAUCCAGACACACGUGACUGUGGGUCAGAAGGCGACGUCUAAUUUCGCCUGUCAAAUCUCUACAAGUUCCAAUGAGUUUUGUAGCAGGGGAGGCCCUCCCCCACAGUUCCCACAAUGCACCUGCAUCCUCUCAAAUAGUGUGCUUCCUGCUGAAGGCCUGGCUGUCACAGUAAAGAUUAAACUUGGGACGAAUCAGUGGUCGGAACAACUGAAGCUAAUGAAGUGUUCUGACAUCAGAGGACCACCUACCUCUGUCUUGUGUCAGCAGUGUAUCGAUGUCGGAUGUGUCUGGAGCCAAAAUGGCUGUUCCUGGGCAACUGCAGGAGCAAAGAAUUACAGUGUUUGCCAAAUGGUGGAGUCAGGAAUGAACUUUUCUAAGCCAGAGAUCUCCUCCAUCACUCCCAGUGUUGUGUCUUUCUACGGCAGAAACCACGCAGUGUUGUCAGGUCAUAACCUUCGUGACGUGACCAGAGUGAGGAUCCAGGCAGACAUGGACUGCACUCCACGAGAAUCUCCUGUAUGGAACAACACAGGUGUGAGUCUGACGUUCCACAUUCCCAGUACUGAUAGUAAAGGCGUGGUCAAAGUAUGUGUUCUCCUCCCAGAUGGUAGUUGCCAUGGCAACUCUAAAAUCACCUACAGGUCAUUACCGGCCUGCACUGCCAUUACACCAAACAGCAGCUGGAUCAGUGGACAUAGGAAGAUCCAAGUCACGGGAUCCCUGCUAGAGUUUGUGGAAGGGGUCAUACACAGCCACGCCCCGCAGGAAGUCAGGCUUCCUCAAAACAGAAACUCUCAGAAUCUAACUUAUGACAUACCUGCAGCUGAAAAUACUCAGGAGGUUUUUACCAGCAACGUAUUUAUGAAAGUUGCCAAUGAAACUGUUACCUGCUCCACAAGCAUCACCUACUAUCCAGACCCCGAGUUUACUAGCUUCACAUCCACGACUGGGAACAAUGAGCACAUGAUCAACAUAGAGAAAACGGCAGACAAACUGAAGAUGACUACGGCAGAGUUGUCAGUAUGGGGCGUCCAGGAAGGAAAGCAUUACUUCUGCAACAUGAAAACCAAAGAAAACCAUAACGAGAUUGACGUUUUUAUCUGUGAAAUUCAAAGCACAUCCAACACUGAGUUUCAACACUUGUUGAUAAAGUAUGGAGACAAGACAGUAAGACUAGGACCUCCGUCUUCUUCACAUCAGGUGCUUCUGAUGCUGUGUCUCCUGCUGAUACCCUGUAUUAUUGUUGUGUUGGUGAUUAUCUGCUGGUGGAAAAAGAAGCGUAGUGCUGAGAUGAACAAGCUCUGAUCAUCCAACAUUUUGCAACUCCAACAUCAAGAUGGACAUAUAAUAUGCCAUGUUUAUUCUUAGUCUUCACUGAUACUCAUUUCUCCACCACACUCUUUAGUCUCAAAAUGUGUAUAUAGAGGAAAGCAACAUUAACUAUGCAGUAAGUGUGGUAUAGUAUUGGGCUUUUACAGUAUCCUGCAACCACUUUCUAUGUUUUAAUAUUUGACUCAGGUAUAGUUUCUAUCUCAGAGGCCACUUGAAGAAUUAAAAUGUAUUUGUUUUAUUAUGUUCAGAGA